CACGAGCGCUCCUUCGGAGGAUUCCUGUGGACGGAUACGCGCCUCGAAAACUUUCUCUGUCGGAUAUUUCAUGACAUAAAACAGGUUGAUUAAGAGGGAGAGGACUGCUGCAAUUGCAUUAUGUUUAAGGCGGUACUGAAAAUGAACAGAGACGGAGGGAAGGGGAGCAAAAAGGAGACAGCUGGGGAGCCUCAUUUGCUCAGUGCCCAGAGGAAAGGGCUGGGCAGUGGGGUGCAAGACCCUGGCACUGCCCUCUCCUGCCCUGCUGAGGACGGGAUGAGGCUCAGUCUGUCUAAAGGGGUCUCCAUGUCCCUCCCCUCCUCACCCCUUCUGCCCCGACAGAGCUACAUGAUGCCCACACGCUCGUCCAAGAAAUCUCCAGGACCAGUAAGGAAGCCUAAAUAUGUGGAGAGUCCACGAGUUCCAGGAGACGCCAUCACAUCAGUGCUGAGAAAGGCAACCGAUAGCAAGGAUGAGCUGGCCGGUCCUGGCUCCUCCCCCGCCACUCAGGAGUUGAUGACACGGUUGGGCUUCUUGCUGGGUGAAGGUAUCCCAGGCUCCACACGCAUACCUAUGGAUGACAAGAAUGAAAAGAAGGGCUCAGUGAAUCAGGGAGUGAGUCCUUGCUCCACUCUGACCAGUAGCACAGCGUCAGCGUGUACGGACAGCCCCUGCUCCACCCUGAACAGCAGUGCCAGUCGUGUCCCCACCAGCCAGAGAAGCCCCUGUGGAACUAUCACCAGCCCUAGUUCUACUUUAGAGAGCAAGGACAGUGGGAUCAUAGCCACCAUUACCAGCUCGUCGGAGAAUGACGACCGCAGCGGCUCCAGUCUGGAGUGGAGUAAGGAAGUCAGCGUGAGGGCCGCGGGGCACCAUGUGCUGGCCCCGUCCGCUGCCCGCACAGACACCUGCUCUCCUGUGGCCGAGGAGGAGACACCUGCGAGCGGGACGGAGGGCUCCUUUGGCGGCAGGGUCGCAGCCGCAUCGACCAUGGGGGCGGGAGGGACCAGCGCAGAGGGUCCGGUUCAUUACUCGACACAGAGCUCAUCCAGCCUCAUGAUGCCCAGGCCCAACUCAGUCGCAGCUACCAGUUCCACUAAACUGGAAGACCUGAGCUAUCUUGAUGAGCAGCGUAACGCACCACUGCGUACCUCCAUACGCAUGCCCUGGCACCACACUGGAGGAAGGCCGCCCCACGACAAAGCGCGCUUCGCUCCGUAUAAGCCUGCGGAUAUCAUGCUAAAGCCUCUGCUGUUUGAGGUUCCCAGCAUCACUACGGACUCGGUGUUCGUCGGCCGGGAUUGGGUCUUCCAACAGCUGGAGGAUGUCCUCAUGGGCUGCCCGGCAGGCGAGGGCCGCGGGGCCACAGGCGAGGGCCGCGGGGCCACAGUCGUGGGCAGCGUGGGUUUCGGCAAGACGGCCAUCGUCUCCCGACUGGUGGCCCUCAGUUGCCAUGGAGGCCGCAUGAGACAGAUUGCCUCCAAUAGUCCCAACACCUCUCCCAAAAGUGGCGAGCCAAGCGCCGAGCUGCCUCUGAGCCAGCACCCCCAGCCUAGCCCUCCCCCCAGCACCAGCAGCACCCUGCAGACUGACAGCUGCCCCAGCACCCCUGAGCUCCAGCGCCACAGGGAGGAGGCCGUCAGGCGUCUGGCUGCCAAGGUUGUUGCAUAUCAUUACUGUCAGGCUGAUAACACCUACACCUGUUUGGUGCCCGAGUUUGUGCACAGUGUCGCCGCCCUGCUGUGCAGAGCACACCAGCUGACUGCUUACAGGGAGCUCCUACUGAAAGAACCACAUAUACAGAGCAUGCUCAGUCUGCGCUCCUGUGUCCAGGACCCGAUGGCUGCCUUCCGUAGGGGUGUAUUAGAACCACUAAUCAACCUGCGCAAAGAAAGGAAGAUUCCAGAAGAGGAAUACAUCGUUUUGAUUGAUGGACUCAACGAAGCAGAGUUUCACAAGCCAGACUAUGGGGACACCAUUGCGUCCUUCAUUACCAAGAUUAUCUCCAAGUUCCCCGCCUGGCUCAAACUCAUUAUCACUGUACGGGUCGGUCUGCAGGAGAUCACCAGUCUGCUGCCCUUUACCAAGAUCAGCCUGGACGAUUUUCUUGACAACAAGGAGAUCAGCUCUGACCUGAAUGCCUACAUCCAGCACCGUGUCCAGAGCAGCAGCGACAUCCUGAACAACCUCUCUCUGAACGGCAAGGCUGACCCCGUCACAGUGGGCAAGGUGAGCUCCCACCUGGUUUCACGCAGCCAGGGCUCUUACCUGUACCUGAAGCUCACCCUGGACCUCUUUGAGAGGGGCCACCUGGUCAUCAAGAGCUCCAGCUACAAAGUGGUGCCCAUCUCCCUGGCCGAGCUCUAUCUGCUGCAGUGCAACAUGAAGUUCAUGAGCAACUCGGCGUUCGAGCGGGCCAUGCCCAUCCUCAACGUGGCUCUGGCAUCGCUGCACCCGCUCACAGACGAGCAGCUCUUCCACGCCCUGAAUGCUGGCAGCGUACGCGGAGACCUGCAGUGGGACGAUUUCCAGCAACGCAUGGACACGGUGUCCGGAUUCCUGAUCAAGCGCAGGGACAAGACCCGCAUGUUCUGUCACCCCUCCUUCCGCGAGUGGCUUGUGUGGAGAGCUGACGGCGAGAGCUCCGACUUCAUCUGUGACCCCAGGAGUGGCCAUGCUCUGAUGGCAUUCAUGUUGUCCAGGCAGGAGGGCAAGUUGAACAGGCAGCAGACAAUGGAGCUGGGACACCACAUUCUAAAAGCACAUAUAUUUAAGGGUCAAAGUAAGAAGACUGGAGUGUCGUCCAGCGUGCUGCAGGGUUUGUGGGUCAGCUGCAGUACUGACAGCCUGUCUGCAGCACUGGCUUCCCUAAGGAACCUCUACACACCCAACGUCAAGGUAAGCCGAUUGCUGAUGCUGGGCGGGGCCAACGUGAACUACCGCACGGAGGUGCUGACCAAUGCGCCGGUGCUGUGCGUUCAGGCACACUUGGGCCAUCACGAGAUGGUGGCCCUGCUGCUGGAGUUUGGGGCCAGCGUCAACGUGGUGUCCGAGAACGGCAUGGCCCCGCUAGGCUACGCCGCUGCCACCGGCCACCUGGGCCUGGUCAGCCUGCUCUGCAAGAGAGGAGCCAGGGUGGAUCAUGUGGAUAAGAGCGGGCAGAGUGCUCUGGUGCAUGCAGCGCUGAGGGGCCACCCAGAUAUCAUCCAGCACCUGCUGGAGCAGCCGUGGAGCAGCCGAGAGCAGCCGCACGAGCUCAGCCUGAAGAGCAAAGCGCUGCAGCAGGCUCUUAUAGCAGCAGCCAGCAUGGGGCACACGCAGGUGGUGAGAGGCUUACUGGAUCUGAAUAAUGAGCUAGUUGUGCAGAUUGAUGCUCAUGACACACUAUGGGGAGAAACAGCUUUGACAGCAGCAGCAGGCCGUGGGAAGAUGGAAGUGUGUAGUUUUCUUCUAGACCAGGGAGCCCAGGUGCAGCAGGUGAACAGAAGAGGAAUGUGUGCCCUCUUCUGUGCAGUGAGACAGGGACACUGGCAGAUUGUGGAUGUGUUGUUGCAGCACGGGGCAGAUGUGAAUGGCAGUGAUAAGCAGGGUCGCACUCUGCUAAUGGUGGCAGCGUGUGAAGGCCAUCUCAGUACUGUGGACUUCCUCUUCUCUAAAGGUGCCUCUCUGACGUCAGUGGAUAAGGAGGGGUUAACGCCUCUGAGCUGGGCGUGCUUGAAAGGACAUAAGAACGUGGUGGAGUUCCUGGUGGAAAAGGGUGCAGUUAUAGACCACUCAGACAAGAACGGACGCACUCCACUGGACCUAGCUGCCUUCUACGGAGACGCUGAGAUUGUCCACUACCUGGUGGAGAGAGGAGCUGUGAUCGAGCAUGUAGACUACAGUGGCAUGCGGCCCCUGGAUCGAGCUAUAGGCUGCAGGAACACCUCAGUGGUGGUCACGCUACUCAAGAAGGGGGCCAAACUAGGCCACAGAGCGUCUCCUUAUGACCGAACAGGUAACGCAGCCUGGGCGAUGGCCACGUCUAAGCCCGACAUCCUCAUCAUCCUGCUACAGAAGCUCAUGGAAGAAGGCAAUCUGCUUUACAAGAGAGGGAAGAUGAAGGAGGCAGCUCAGAGGUACCAGUAUGCUCUGAGGAAGUUUCCCAGAGAGGGCUUUGGUGAAGAGCUGAAGGCGUUUCGAGAGCUGCGAGUCUCUCUGUACCUCAACCUUUCACGCUGCCGCAGGAAAACCAACGACUUUGGCAUGGCUGAGGAAUUUGCCACAAAGGCCCUAGAGCUGAAGCCCAAGUCAUAUGAGGCUUACUACGCCCGGGCCCGGGCCAAGAGGAGCAGCAGACAGUUUACUGCAGCGUUGGCUGACCUGCAUGAGGCGACCAAGCUCUGCCCCAACAACCGCGAGAUCCGCCGUCUUUUGGCCAGAGUGGAGGAGGAGUGUAAACAAAUGCAGCGUGUCCAAAACAAGCAGCAGGGGGCGUCGAGCCAGCCCACGGCCAACCACGACUCUGACCACGAACGUGAAGAAGGGGAGGAAGAGGACCUGACAGAGAACAGUAUAGGGCAGGACAUUGAUGAGGAGGAGUCUUCUCAUCUGGACCCGCGAGCUGAGGCCUGGUCACAAAACAUCUACUCCUUUAACCGGACACCGGCAGACUCGGCAGGGGCCGGACAACAGGCCGGCCGACCGAGCUCUCCCCCAUAUGCCCAGAGCCAGAGACAGCACCAGCGAGACCCAGUGGCCCACAAGAGCCUGGUCCUGCAGCCUACUAAACAGGCCCAGAUCGUGAAAACCAACCAGCAUCUGAGCUCCCUCCAGGCCAGCACAGCACGGUCGGCAGGCGCCAAGACCCAGCCGCAGACCCACGGCCCUUCAAGCCCACUCCCUGCCCGCCACACGCUAAAGGCGGGACCUGGCAUUGACAUUGGACCUCUAUCGCCCCCUGGCGAAGACAAAGGACACCCGUCUACUGCCACAGGCCACCACGAGAGCGAGGGCGUGCUCCUGUCUCGGGCAUACCCAUCCUUCAGCUCCGGAAGAGCUCCCGAGAGACUCUCGGCGCAUUCUGCGAGCUCUUUAGAGGGCCUGACUCUGUCAACAGCACAGGAGCUGAGGAAGGAGUCGGCCCAGGGAGCAGGCUCCGGCUCGGGCUCCCAGACGGGCAGCAUGAGGGUCUCCAGCUCCACCAGCAGCCUGGCGUCCAGCAGCAGCCUGUCGGACAGCGGGAAGCUGCAAGGGCCGGACGUUCGCACCAAAACGGGCGUGGACAAACCCAAGCCUGUCCAGGGAGGCACUGUGGAGUACAAACCCCGACCCUUUAUGGGCAUUAUGGACAAAACGGCCCGGUUUCAGCAGCAGCAGCAACAGCAGCAGCAGCAGGUCCACCAGCCGAUGGCACGCAGCUGGCAUAGUCACUCUACAGACAGCCACAGCAUGUGCCCUGCAGGCCUAGCAGGAGGGACCAGUGAGUUAGCGUACCCCAAACCAGCCAGCACUUACCACGAGCAGCUCAAGGCCUCCUCUCAGGGAGCUGCUAUGGGGAGCCUGCACAACGGCAACAUGCACGCUAAAGAAUUCGGUGACAAGUUCUGCCAAGCCGCCACCUGUUACAAAGAGUCCAAGCCAGCUGUUGCCAUGGCGCACUCAUACACGGACAGCAAGCCCAAGCACCCCAGCUUAGCCCGAGAUAAUCCUGCCAUUCAUGUAGCUUCAAUGAAACCAAAGCGAUCCUUUAUUGAAUCUAACGUAUAGAGCCUAUUCAGAGUACAACUGUAAACCAUCACUCGUUCCUUCUUACAGUUUUUCUUUGCUCUUUCUUUCUCAUGCAUAUCUACAGGCAGGCAUACACACACACACACCUCUUUAUAAUUAACAAAGGGAUUUAGUUUUUUUGUUUUUCCACUUGGAUUUGUGUUGAUGUUUUCAGGCUUUAUCACUAAACCAUGUUUAAAUUUUACACCAUGUACAAGGAGAACUGCUCA